GACCCAGGGAACAGAAGAGGAGCCUGGCUUGGGCAGGGCGCAGCCUCCAACUUGUCUCAGUUCAUUCAUCCUUGGCUCUCUGCUCGGGAAGUGCCGUGGCGCUGGGGUGGUGCCAAAGAAGAUGAUACUCACACAGAUAAGUAACUUCUACAUGAGCAGCCUUGGGCUUCUCUUCCUGAUCGAUAUUUUCCCAGAAACAUCUGGUCAAGGUGAAUCAAGACGACAAGAACCUGGGGACUUUGUGAAGCAGGAUAUCGGCGGACUCUCUCCUAAGCAUGCCCCUGAUAUUCCUGAUGACAGCACUGACAACAUCACCAUCUUCACCCGAAUCUUAGAUCGCCUUCUGGAUGGCUAUGACAACCGGCUGCGACCUGGACUUGGAGAUGCUGUGACUGAAGUCAAGACCGACAUCUAUGUGACCAGUUUUGGCCCAGUGUCAGACACUGACAUGGAGUACACCAUUGAUGUAUUCUUUCGACAGACCUGGCAUGAUGAAAGACUGAAAUUUGAUGGACCCAUGAAGAUCCUGCCACUUAAUAAUCUCUUGGCUAGUAAGAUCUGGACUCCUGACACCUUUUUCCACAAUGGAAAGAAGUCAGUGGCCCAUAACAUGACCACACCUAACAAGCUACUCAGACUUGUGGACAACGGGACCCUCCUCUACACAAUGAGGUUAACAAUCCAUGCGGAGUGCCCCAUGCAUUUGGAAGAUUUCCCCAUGGAUGUGCAUGCCUGCCCACUGAAGUUUGGAAGCUAUGCCUAUACAACAGCUGAAGUGAUUUAUUCUUGGACUCUUGGGAAGAAUAAAUCUGUGGAGGUGGCACAGGAUGGCUCUCGCCUAAACCAGUAUGACCUUCUGGGCCAUGUUGUUGGUACAGAGAUAAUCCGGUCCAGCACAGGAGAAUAUGUUGUCAUGACAACCCACUUCCAUCUCAAAAGGAAAAUUGGCUACUUUGUGAUCCAGACCUACCUGCCCUGUAUUAUGACUGUCAUUCUGUCACAGGUGUCUUUCUGGCUCAACAGAGAGUCUGUCCCUGCUCGCACCGUCUUUGGUGUUACCACUGUACUCACCAUGACCACCUUGAGUAUCAGUGCCAGAAACUCCUUACCUAAAGUGGCAUACGCGACGGCCAUGGAUUGGUUCAUAGCCGUCUGUUAUGCCUUUGUAUUUUCUGCGCUGAUUGAAUUUGCCACUGUCAACUAUUUCACCAAGCGGAGUUGGGCUUGGGAAGGGAAGAAGGUGCCAGAGGCCCUGGAGACAAAGAAGAAAACACCAGCUGCCCCAACCAAGAAAAGCAGCACCACCUUCAACAUCGUGGGGACCACCUAUCCCAUCAAUCUGGCCAAGGAUACCGAGCUCUCCACCAUCUCCAAGGCUGCUGCUCCCAGUGCCUCCUCAACCCCAACCAUCAUUGCUUCACCUAAGGCCACCUAUGUGCCAGAACCCCCCGCGGAGACCAAGACCUACAACAGUGUCAGCAAGGUUGACAAAAUAUCUCGCAUUAUCUUCCCUGUGCUCUUUGCCAUAUUCAACCUGGUCUAUUGGGCUACGUAUGUCAACCGAGAGUCAGCUAUCAAGGGCAUGAUCCGCAAACAUUAGAUAGAAGUGGGGGUCUAGUAACCAGACCACUGUAUACCCUGUGAAGCAUUCAGGCACCCAAACACCGAGGCCCCUUCCAUGUGUUUCAGGAUUCUUUUUUAACCAUCCACCAAGCAGUGACUCUAAAAUAUAUUUAUGAAUCUCAAUGAAAAACAAUAACAAUGAAAAGUCAUUGUCCCUAAAACAGUGCUGAGUGUACCCCCAUCAGAGCCAAACACUGCCAUUUGUCCAGUUGCUCAUUGAGUCUGCCAUUCUCCCCCAGCUAAGGGUACCGCAUGCAUUUUAUUACACUCUGUCCACUGCAAGAAUAACAGGAUACUCCACUCCCUGGAUUGAAAGCCUUGGCUGUUCAAGAGGUCCAGACUGAGAAUAAUUGACUGGUCUGAACCAGAUGAUGCUGACUCCCUAAGGAGCCAGGCUGGGCUCAUACAUGGAAUUCUGCCUGCCACUUCCCCAACCUAAAGCAGGGCCCACUAGGCAUAAGUACUGAUGGUAAAAGCAGGAGCCAGUGAUAACCUAUGAGUAUGCUCCUCCCCACCUUCCCAGCUCCUUUCUUGAUUUGGAGAUUACUGAGGACAAUGGAGGGCCAUCACAGAUGGCCCACACAGAGAGAGCUAACUGGACAAACCUAGCACCAAGAUGACUGGUGGUCUGCCAUGACCAGCCUGUCGGAGGUAGAGCCCUCCUUGGUAUAUCACUCCACUGGGAAAGGCCUCGCGGCUCCAUCUCUUUGCCUCCCAUAGCCAACGAGGCACUGCCUAAUUUGGACUCAUUGCCACUUGCAACUCUCCAGGAAAAAGAACCCAGUUCUUUUUUGUUUGUUUGUUUAAUUGAAACAACCAAAGCAGGAUAAAUAGAGAAAAAUCCAGAUCAAAUACCUACACAAUAGUUUUAAAAUAUGGACAAAAUAAGGACAUCACCUCCCUACCAGGGCAACUAGUGAAACACUAUACGAGACAGAUGUUUGUGACUGGUGGUAGUUGGGUUUAGUACCUGACUCAAAACAGAGGGCCACUGGGAGCCAACAGUCAAAAUCUUCCUUCUGUAGCUGCUACAGCCCCAAACACUGGCCCAGGCCCCCUGUGUCAGACACCUCGGUCCUGUGUUGAUGCUGAUUCUGGAAGAGAUGCAUUGGAGAUCUGUACCAAUCUCUCUAGUGAGUUUUUGAGUCAACUAAAUCACUAACUUUGCUACGAGUUGUGUUUUUUUUUUAUGUAGUAGUCAGUUGAUCUCAUGCAUUCUUAAUCUCAACGGGCACAAUUGAGAAGUGUUUGUGAAGCAGAUAAACCAAUUCCUGGUGCUUGAAUGAAACAGAACUGAGAAUUCUGGUCCACCUUGAGCUGAGAACCAGCACAAUCUCAGUGGGCCUGCUGGGUCUGGAGUGCAGUUAGGUUGGACACCCAAAGAGUAUUAGGGAGUCAUACGUUGUCACCCCAGGAGACCACUUCUAAUAGUCAUGGCUCAAAUGUUUAAGAUGGCAACCAGCCACUUGAGAUCUGAAUACCUAUACUAGUUGCAAGUGGCCCAGAACCCCAGGGUAAAGCUCAGAUGCCACCACAAGCAGAUACUCCCUGUUCACUUCCUGAACCAAGCUUCUAAGGGGUCUAUCACUAGCUUCUGUGAUCCAUCCUUCCCCCAUCUCCUGCUUCCUUGUCAUUGCUGGGAUAAUGCAUGCCAAUCCCAUUCUUUCUAAGACUGUGUCAGUAAGUAAAUACGUGAAUAGAAGAAUCUAGUCUCGUGGAUA